UAUUGAGAACAAAAUAAAACUAAGAAGAAUAAGAAAAAUAAACAUGGAAAGUGAUAAGUAUAAGGUAAAGUAAAGGUGCAUGUUCUGGUUAUCAUAUCAUGUAACAGUGAAAUGACUCUUUACUUUCUUUUUACUACAUCUGGAUUAAUAAUAACGUUGUGGUCAACAGUGUUAAGUUCUGUGGUAGUUAGUGUUAAAUGUGUUAUUCAUAUAUGAAAAACAGAUUUGUAAUGAUCUGUUCUUGCUCCAUCUGUGAAUUGAGAAAUGAGACCACAGUUUGUUCACUUAUAACUUACUUUAUUUCUUCCUAUUUUAUGUGAAAUAACAUUUUGACAUAGUAUCAAUAAUUUGGAAUCCAUCACUAAAAAAGAAGUAGGUGUAAUUUUAAGAUUUCAUCACAGCAACUGUACAUCAUUCUUCCUCUUUAACCAUUUGAGUUUCUCCUGUGGGUCAUUAAUACUGCACGCGUGAUACAGGACACACUCAUCACUUCGUGAACCAUGUGACCUGGACAAGGGGGACAGAGUUUCAUGCCGAUAGAGUUUCAUGAAAGUGGAAACUGUCUGUCAGCCACAGUCCUGUUGUUAAAGUGACUACAGCCGUAGGCCCUCCGGUCACCAUCAGUGCGCACGCAGAAACAACACGACUGGUGAAGCAGGUGUCAUGCGGUGCUGUCUGUGUAAUCUUCGUACCCACCAGUGGUGUUUCCUCCUCUUCAACGUGUUGCUCUUCCAUGCCUUAUUGUUUGGGGCUGACUUUGUUGAGGAGUUCCUCCUGCAGCCUACCCCUGGAAUCUACACUGAUAGUUCUGUUGCUGAUGUACGGGAGAAAGCGAGGAAAUUAGAUCUGAGCAAUGCCAGAAGAAACGUGUCACAGGCCUAUUCCAUCUGCAACCCUGCUGCAUGCAGAAACUCAGACCUCUUCCUCCUGUCUAUAGUCUUCAGCUCCCCAGCUAACGUCACCCAGAGAGAUGCAGUCAGGAAGACAUGGGCGAACCAGACCCUCGUUCGAGGCUUCCCAGCACGGCUGCUCUUUUUCGUAGGCUCAAGUCAGUCUUCUGAAGCACAAGAGGCCCUCGUGAGGGAGUCUGAUCACAAUGGGGACAUGGUUCAAGGUCACGCUGGGGCUGACUCAACCUUUCGUGGCCAAAUAGAGACCACACUGCUGGCCUUCCGCUGGGUCAUCACCUUUUGUCCACUGGCACGCUUUGUUCUCCUGACCAAGGACUCUGUGUUUAUCAACCUCCCCGCCAUCGGAGGCUACCUCCUCGGGCUGCACAGGCACCCUGAGGACCUCUAUCUAGGUAGAGUGAUCCAGAGAGAAGCCCCUAAUCGAGACCCCAGCAGUCCUGGUUACAUGCCGCCAUUUCUCUACCCCGACAAGUACCUGCCGGAAUACUGUGAUGGAACCGCAUACGUUCUAUCUCAGGACGUGAUCCGAAAAGUGUACGUAGCAUCUGCAGCAGUCCGUGCACCUGUGCCGGCUGAUGUUUUUGUGGGUCUAUGUGCUCGAAAGGCUGGUGUGGCACCGACCCACAGCGCCAGGUUCCCCGGAGAGAAACACGUCCACUUCAACAUUUGCUGCUACCGCUACCUGUUCAGCUCGGCUGAAAUGGGGAGCCAUGAACUGGAAGCAGUGUGGGCCGACCUGGAACAGAGGGGUGGAGAAUGCUCACUAUUUCAGACCUAUUCUGGUCUGGUGCGCUGCAAGACCCUCACCUAUCUGGAUAAGCUUCAGCUUACAGGGGCAAAUUGAAUCCAAUGGUUGAUUACCAAGUCAUAUUUGUCAUUGUAAGCAGUGCUAAAGGAAAACAACAUUAAUUAUAUUCCUGCCCUUUGCACGUCUGUCAGUGUUUGCAAAUCCCUGUCGUAUUAAAUUUGAAUUUGGUAUAAAUGAAGGAAGUGAGAAGUGAGAAGACCCUUUACUUGAAAGAUUCCUCUUUAGGUUUUAAAUCCUGUAUGUGAUGUAUUAUAGAGCUUAUUGUACAAUAAA